AUGAUAUUGAUUAUAAUCAUAUAUAUUUCAACAAUUUUUCAUCUUUUCAUUGUUGAAUCAAGUCAUUUCUAUGGUGGAACUGUAACAUGGAAAUCUUUAGAUAAUAAAGCAAAUGGUUCAACAGUUUCUGUGAUGUUUACACAAUCAUAUCAAUGGCGACAAUCAGCUGCCGCCUCAUAUUGCGAUCAAUCUUAUGUUUUGAAUCAAUCACCACUAAUUCCAACAGUAAUUACUAAACUUCAGUGUAUUACAUCUCCAAUUAGUUCUUGUGGUGGUUAUUAUGCACUUAAUACCAAUGAAUAUUGUACAGAUUUCAGUACAUUUCUCGAUUCAAGUUCAGGUCAAAUUUCGGCAGUUCAAAAUAUAACAAUUGGUUCAAAAUUUUGUGUUGCAUUUCAAGGUGCAAGUUGGAUUGGUCUACAAACAGUCAACUGUGGAACAAGUGUUCCUUCUGCUUCGAAUACUACUACUAUAUCAACAACAACUGUGUCUAGUUGUUAUAAUAGUGGUUCUAGUUGGUCGAUCGGCUGUUGUCUUGAUUUAUCAAUUAGAUUAGAUAGUAUUAUUAAUACACCACCAGUUGCAACAAUUAUAUCACCUAUACAUGUACCUGUUAAUACUCAAACCAAUAUUAAACUUCCAGUGAUCGAUGCUGACAAUGAUGUUAUACGUUGUCGUUGGGCUCAGAACACGACAUCACUUGAUGAAUGUGGUGAUGUCUGUGGAAUAGCACCUGGUAGUACACUCAACAGCAAUGACUGUACACUAUUAUUUGAUAGUACAGGCACAAUUGUCGGACAAUAUUAUCCUAUUACUUUAAUGGUUGAAGAUUUUUAUACGGCAUCAUCAUAUUCACCAUUUAGUAGUAUUCCUUUACAGUUUCUAAUUAAAAUUGUUAGCACAUCUAAUUGCUUCAUAAAACCGACGCUCAGCUCUAAUUUAUCAAAUUGUACUGCUAUUAGUGUUGGAGUUCAAUUUAAUUUCACAUUGACAAUCCAACAAGGAUGUUCGAAUACAACGAUAGUAGACAUAUUCAGAACACCACCUGUAUAUAUGUAUAAGAGUGAUUUAACACAAAUUGGAUCGACUAAUAUAUGGAUUGCUACUGAAUCAUGGAUACCAACUGUUGACCAAAUUGGUUCUCAAGUUUAUUGUGCUAUGGCAACGGAUAGCAAUAGUUUACAAUCAGAUCUAUACUGCACAACAUUUACGGUUAUAUCCCUUGGACAAGCUCUUUAUUGUCCGACUGAUUUUACAUGGAACAGAACAGCAGUAACUUCAACUACUUCUACAAGUACAACUGCAUCCACUAGUACUACAACAUCAGCUGGUAAUUUUUUUCGUCGAUAUUUUAAACGUAAUCGAAAUCUUCAUCAGCAGGAUAACUUACCCGAUUAUCGUCAUCAAUAUAUAAAUGAUAAUAAUGUAUCUCAACAAAAAUAUGAAUUAAUAUUAUGUAAUGAAACACAAAAUUUUACAAAAGAAAACUCAAUUAUAUCAACGUCACUUUCUGAUAUUCAAACUAAUUAUAUGAAUAUAACACGAACAUCAUUACUUUCACCUUCUUCCUACAGUCUUCCAAAUGAUGAUGUUCAAUAUACAAGGAAUAAUUCAUCACGAAGUGCCAUAUCAGCGCAAAAUGAUUCUAUCCUUAUGUAUGCUUAUUCUGUACAAGAAAUGGGUGAUCGUGAUAUUGAUCCAGAGAUUGGUCAUGGAAAGAAACCUGGAGAUCCUCGUGAAUCCACGAGUACAGUAAAUGAUGCUUUUUAUCGAGAUGAAAAAGAUCCACAAACAAUGGAAAAACUUCAACAAAAUUUUGACCAACAACAAGAUCCAUUGAACAAGAAACCAGAAUAA